AUGUCUGGCAUCAUGCACAAGGUCAAGGACGCCGUCCAGGGCGCUGUCCACCCCGACAAGAAGGCCCACCACGGCGAACCUGAGGGUACCCACGGCCCGCAUAGCAGCCGCGUGGCUAACGCUGCCGACCCGCGCGUCGACUCGGACCGCGACAACUCACACACCGUGGGCGCUGGCCGCACCGCAGGCCAGGGCGAGUACAGCAGCACCGGCUACGGCACCACUGGCACACACACCGAGGGCACACACGGUCCGCACAACAGCCGUGUGGCCAACGCCAUGGAUCCCCGCGUCGACUCGGACCGCGACAACUCGCGCACCAUCGGCAACACGGGCGCAGGGCGUACCGCUGGUCACGGAGAGUUCGGUAGCUCUGGCUUCGGCACUCAAACCUCCGAGGGCACUCACGGCCCGCACAGCAGCCGUGUUGCCAACGUUAUGGACCCUCGUGUCGACUCUGACCGGGACAACUCGCGCACUAUUGGCACCGGCGCUGGUCUCGGUUCCAGCACCCACGGCACCAGCUCUGGCAUGACCGGUGUGACCGGUACCCAUGGCGCUGGCUACGGCUCCAGCACCACCGCCACUGGCUACGGUUCUGGCAGCACGGGCGUGACCGGCACUCACGGCGCCCCCGCCGGCACUUACGGCCCACACAGCAGCCGCGUGGCCAACGCUGCCGACCCUCGCGUUGACUCGGACCGUGACGGCCGUGGCGCUAUCGGCACCGGCUCUGGACCUGCCCCCAACACUGCUGGCCCGCACAACAGCGACAUGGUCAACAAGAUGGACCCCCGCGUCGACUCAGACCUUGACGGCAGCAAGACCAUGGGCGGCAACAAGACGUACCAAUCUGGUAACGCAUUUGCCCAUCGCGAUCCUACCGACGCCGCCCAGGUGCCUCCUUCAGUCUUGAGGAAUCACCUCGGCGAUCCGUCGAUUGAGCACGACGACACAACCCACCAUCGCGAGAGGCGGCACAGCACCAAGACUCCUCAGGAGACAUUCAGUGGUGUCUGAUUUUAUUUUUUUCCUCGGAUGGACGGUAACUGGGUAGAAUGUAUGAGUUAUGAAGGGUCUCAUUUGUCGCGGCGUUGCACUCAAUUGUACUAUUAACUCAUACCCAAUCAUCCUCGAGAUAAGAUUGACGAAGAGUAUCAAGGCUCUUAAAAAUGAAGAACUUGUCGAACAUUAAAGU